AUGGGCGUCUCAACAUCAGAGCACAAGGUCAAGAAGGAGAAGAAGGAAAAGAAGGCGCCCAAGACCAAGGAAGUCGCUGCUGCUGCUGCUUCCGAGCCCGCUGAAGUCAUUGCGGAGACCGAGUCGGCAGCGUCCAAGAAGGAGAAGAAAUCCAAAAAGUCUUCCAAGGCCGACAGCAAGAAGGACUCGAAACGCAAGCGCGAGGAGGAAGAGAAUGACGACGAAGAGAAGCCUUCCAAGAAGCAGAAGUCCGAGGACAAGGAAAUCGCCAAAACCGAGAAGAAGGAGAAGAAGGAGAAGAAGGAAAAGAAGAGCAAGUCCAAGGAUAAGGAGGAGAAGAAGGACAAUAAGUCCAAGAGCGACAAGGUGGAAGAGGAAGAGGAGCCCGUUGUGAAGAAGGAAGAGAAGUCUGAGUCCAAGGAGUCCAAGAAGGAGGAGUCCAAGAAGGAGAAGGAGUCCAAGAAGGAGAAGGA